UUUUAAUCCAAUUUUGCAACAUGGUUGAUACUCAAUUUGAGCAAAAGGUCAAACGAAUAAGAGCCGAUAAUGGUGUGGAAUUCCAGACAAACAUUUUAGUUGAUUUUUAUGGACGCAGUGGGAUAUUAUUAGAAACGUCCUGCACUGACACACCGCAACAGAAUGGGGUUGUCGAACGUAAACAUAGACACAUAUUGGAAGUUGCAAGGGCGCUUCGUUUCCAAUCAGGAUUGCCUAUUAAUUUUUGGGGAGAAUGUGUUUUAACUGCUGUUUAUAUUAUUAAUAGACUCCCCUCACCAGUUAUUCUUAACAAAAGUCCUUUUGAAAUGUUGUUUGGAAAAGUGCCUAGUUAUGAUCAUCUACGGGUGUUCGGUUGUUUGGCGUAUGGACAUGAUAACAAACGAAAGGAUAAAUUUAGUGAAAGGGGGAGUCCUGGCAUUUUUAUUGGCUA